AUGUCGGAUCCUCGUACCCGACGCGUCAACAAGGAGAUCGCGGACAUUCAGUCAGAUCCAGCUAGCGGUGUCUCCAUUCAGCUGGUAGGCGGUGAGUCAUAGUCCGGCGCGCAUACAGGCGUCGAGGCAGGCCAGUGAUGCAGAGCGGUGAUCAGGCUCAGGCUGCUCCUCAUUGUUGAUGUUGAUUCGGACUGCGUGAUUAUUACAACAGACUCACCUUUUCAUUUGAAAGGGACAUUCAAAGGACCAGAGGGUAGUAUUUACGAGAGCGGCACCUUCGAUGUGGUGAGUCGCGAUCUGCUAGCGCAUUUGGAUCGUCCUCCUCCUCGCUCCUUCGACGCAACACUAGAGCGCGCAAAAGAAUCGAAGCUUGACGAUGACCAGCUCCGCGUGGGCGAACACUGCCACCACCAGCCAGGAGGGUAUCGUUGCCCCCCAGUAGUGCGGCACGACAAUACAAAGGGCGGCAUCGGGUGUCUUGCUGCCCUGUAGAGCUACUCCUGAAGCUUACGCUCACCCGCAUCGCUUCUCCCGCUUCACCUACUAGGAUGUGGUCAUUCCCGAGCAGUACCCAUUCCAGCCUAUCCAGAUGCGCUUCAUCACCAAGGUCAGUCGUUGUGCUAUCGGGCUGGCUAUCGAGCUGGCUAUCGGUCUGCUUGGGCUAGCUAUGCGGGGUUUCCCGAUCUCUGUUUUCUGACAGGCCAGCUUCGCAUCGCCACAGAUAUAUCAUCCCAAUGUCUCCUCUGCAACCGGAUUCAUUUGUCUGGAUAUCCUGAAGAAUGCUUGGUCGCCUGUCCUCACCCUCAAAUCAACCUUGAUCUCUCUCCGAUCGCUUUUGGUCUCUCCAGAGCCCCAAGACCCUCAGGAUGCUCACGUCGCAAGCCACUUCUUGAAGGACAAGAAGGGUGCGGAAGAGACGGCCAGGUACUGGUGCCAGCUGUACGCGGGUGGAGCUUCCGGGGCGUCGGCGAAAGCGAGUGCCAACAAGAACAAGAACAAAGAAGUGGAGGUGGACGAAGUCAGAACGGCGGGGCUGGAGCCUCAGCAUGUCAAGAAUUUCGAGGAUAUGGUAAGUGCUCGGAGGGGCUUCUAGGGGUCAGCCGCACCGGGCAUGCCAGCCAACUUGGCCUCCAUCUCUGCCUCCAUACAGGGCUUCACAAGGAAACAAGUAAUAGAAGUGCUGAAGAAGCUCAACUACAAGGGCGACAAGUGAGUCAAUGGGGCAAGAAGGGGCAACGAGCGAUCCCGGGGUGAGGGCGUCCUAUUGCAUUUGACAGCACGCUGACGAUACACGAUGCGUGUAACGCUCUAUCGUCUACGUCCCUGUGAAUAGUGUCCGCAAUGUGACGGAUGAGCAAGUUCUCAAUGCUCUCUUGAGCGCUUGA